AUGCCCCCAGGUUUGGAAACGGAAGGAGGAAAACUGGGCUUCCUUCUGAAAUGGGGGCGGGGCAUCCUUGCUGAUGGACGCGUCCGCACAAAGCGGCACGUUUCCCCAUCAAAGCCCGGGAGAGGAGGCCACACUGGCGCUCAGCAUCUGGCGGAGCUUCAAGCUGUCACCGCGCCGCGCUCCCGGCAGCCUUGGGUCGGAACCAGCCGAUUCGGACGCUCGGCGCAGGCCAGGGCCAACGCGGGCCACCGAGUGAGGGCGGGCCGGGGGCGGGGCCGGCCACACACGCGGAGAGCCGGGGAGCCGUGGGCCCGCGUGGUGGACUCGACCUCGGAGCUGGUGAGCGUGGAGCGGACGCUUCUGGGGCCCCUCCAGCGGGAGGGGUCCUUUCCUGUCCACCUGAAGGAUAGUGUUGAGUUCAGAAACAUCUGCAGUCACUUGGCUCUACAGAUGGAAGGACAGCAGUUUGACAGAGACUUGAAUGCUGCCCACCAGUGUUUGAAGACAAUAGUCAAGAAGCUGAUUCAGUCACUUGCCAAUCUGCCUUCAGAUGCCCAUGUGGUAGCCUGUGCUUCUUUGAGACAGAUCUUACAGAAUCUCCCGGACAUAUGAGUGUUAAAGACAUCGGGAUCAAAACCAUAGAUAGGCUGUUAAGAGAACUGGAUAUCUUCCCUUCCUAAUUGAAUCAGCAGACAACUGAUGGUUUUAUUUCCAAAAAGGAGAAACUUGAUGGUACAUGGAGUAGUCUGACCAGUGGCAUCUGUAAUCUUCAAAAUUAUAGCACAUUAGUGAAAGACUUUUAAAGCAAUAGUUCACAUUUUAAAAUAUGUUGACCUGUUUGCUGACUUUUUGAUUGAAAGGUAUUUUACUUUAUGGAACUGAUUUGAUGAUAUGUAUAUACACUUAUUAAUUUAUAUUAAGUAUUAGUUUUGAUUGGAUGAUCAAACUAAUCUAUAUUCAUAUUGAUGUAGGUUUGUAAGGUUUAAUAUGGUUAUUUAUAUGAUAAAACUCCACAGUUCUUAAAAUUAUCUUGAAUAAACGGGAUAUUUGAUAAUUGCUACAUUCUGUUUACUGGAUACUUCAUUUUAUGUUGUGAGAACGAUCUUCAGUUGUAGGACCACAUAUAUCAGUCAUUAGGAAUUCUAAUCCUGGCAUUAAUUACUUACUGUUGGGUGAGAGAAGAAUCACUUCUAAAUAUUGUGCUAUCAUAUACUCAUUUGUAAAUUUAAAGUGAUAAUUAGCUAUGAGCUAUGAAGUACCAAGGAUCUAUGAUAUGUAAAUGCAAAAUACAGUAUUAUUAAAGUCUCAUGGAAAAAUA